UGCAGAUUAUGAUCUAUCUAAAGAUCACAAAAUUUUCAUGAACCUUCUGCUAAAAAGAAACUUGGACGUGUUCGGGAAUGAAGUGAGUAUCACGGAUAGGAUUAGCGACCAUCCAAAUUCCAGGCAGGCCAGUUUUGAAAAACGGAGCGCCUAAAAAUUUAACGAGCUAGUGGACUGCGUCGCUCUUCAAAUUCACCCGACUAGUUCGGUCAUAACGCAUGGUCAUAAACUAGAAACCGGAUUGGUAUCGCGUGAGGAGGCAGUUCCCGGGAGUAGCACCGCCGGACGCUCGGGCCGAUCGCCAGGAAGUUGGGGGCGAUGUUGCGCGGAGUUUCUUCACUCCUUAAAAUCUCUUCUUCCUCACGGUUCUCUACUUUGGCUGAGGAUGGGAAAGUAAGCAGGCUUGGCAUUUAUGGCCGUAGAGCUGUUAAAGUGGUGCUAAUUAGUCUUACUGGUGGAUUUGCCUUGAGUGCAUUUGAUGACUUGGCAAUUUAUCAUGGUUGUAGCAGUAAGGCUAUAGAGAAGGCCAGUGAAAAUCAGAAAAUCAAGGAAGCCAUUGGAGAGCCAAUUGUCAGAGGUCCUUGGUACAAUGCAUCACUUGCCGUUGCCCAUAGACGGCAUUCGGUAUCUUGCACUUUCCCUGUGUCAGGGCCAAAAGGAAGUGGCAUAUUUCAGCUGAAGGCUGUCCGUCAUGGAGACAGCAGGUUGUUUACGUUUUUUGGCCACCAAGACUGGGACAUUCUAAUAAUGGAAGCACUUAUCCAUGUUCCUGGAGAUGACGAACAGCAGCAGACAUUUCGAAUCAGUCUCACUAAUCCUUCACCCGAUACGCAUGUAGACUGCCAGCCAUGUAUGCCUCAAGCUUCCAAUACUGAAAACAAGUGACAUUUACAUCAGCUGCAUUGGUAUGACGUAUUAUGUUCUGCCUAAUGCCAUAUACAUAGUCUAUGGGCUUUGUGAGCCCGUUAAUUUUAAGUGUUCGUAUUCAGGUUCACCUUAUUUCUGGUGAAAAAAUUAUAAACCCUGGCAUCAUUUUGCUGCCCAUUUAUCCCGUCUUUCCAUUAAAACACUUUUUGUUCCCGAUACUUUUAUGAAUAAGAGAAUGAAAAAUGUGACCUGCGGUAUCUA